CCGAAAAAUGGAGUGAAUGUGAAAUCUGAGAGCCGGCUUACCUCGCAUCAUUUCUUUCAGGCAGGAUGAGAAUUCCAAGUGAUCAGCCUGAUUAAAACAAGAGGACGUGUUACUCACAUGUGGAAAAACUCUACACUCAAGAGUGUACUGUGACUCAACGUUGCCCUCUACUGGAACAUUGUGGUUACAACACCCACUACUUCCCUCGUCUCAGAAGAUGCAGCAUCUCAUACAGUGUGUUUGACCUAUUGAAGAACUGUAAAUCUAGCUUUAGAUACAACAGUGACUGUCAGCUUGGACAUGGGGAUAUUGUUAUGCAAUAUAAUAACAUAUGCUAGAGUUUGUGUUAAAGAAGAAACAAAUUGAGUCUAAAAAGGGAAAGACAAGACAAAAGACGGAUGGACGCAUUGCCAAAUAGCACACUAACCACAGCUACAGAAGCUCCAAAUGACACAAAGAAGUCCAGCUCUCACAGAUGGGAGUUCCUGGUGGCUGUCUUGGCCACCGCCAUCUUGCUCUCCAUUAUCAUGGCCGUCGUGGCUAAGUGUCAAGUGAUUAGGCGCUACCUGGCCAGCUACCGGCACACUCCGCUCAGAGAGGAAGACGCACAUAACCAGUGUGAGCAAUCGUCAGGCCUGGAAGUGGAGUUUGACAUGCAUGGGGAACGUAUAAUGAACCCUCGCCUUCCUGUGUGUGCUGAAGACGAUGACGGCUUCAUUGAGGACAACUACAUCCCUGCAAGUGAAAGAGAGAGAGCUCAAAGAGAAGCAGAAGACAUGGAGGGCACAGAGGAAGAAAUGGAUGAAAUGGAUGAAACUGAAUUCAAUGUGGUUUAGAAAGAGUGGCAUCCUCUGCCACAUAAACAAUUGAAC